AUGAGGAUAUGGUCCACUCCUGCCAUGCAGUUAUGUUACAAGCCCAUCCUCCCAAAGGCAGCACACCUGCACCGCCAAGCAGACGGCAAGCUCAAACAAGGUGUCCUGCAGAAGUGGACACAUAAUUGCACCACAAAAUUCAACAUCUAUGUCCCUCACAAUCUCGUAGCUUGCCUGCACAUAAUUGUCCUCUGCAGCAACCUGCACUCACACCCACCUCCCACACCCGUCAAAGUGCCAACACCACUUGUUGACAUAUUUCAUGAGCUUCUUGCACCCAUGAAAUGGAAACUCAUAGAUGCAACACCACAUUGGAUUUAUUUGGACACAGCAUUCAUCCAGGGCCUUCACAAAGUCCUUGGCUGGGACUUUCCAGAUGGCCACAACACAACACUGCAAGAUCUUCAUCCAUCACUGGCCAAUCUUGAUCACGUGCACUAUCUCCUUGCUGAGGAGCACACAAAGCUACCUCUGGAACAAUGCUAUGUGUGCUGUGCAGAGACACACAUCAUCAAAUGA